GCGCUGUGGGGCAGCCCCGGAUGUGUCAGUUUAGGGCAGUUUGAGGAGGCUGCAAGGGGACAGCAGCCAGCGGUGUCCUGCACAGGGUGAAGACCUGUUAUAACUUUCUUUCACUGAGUUGUGAAAUUCUGUUUAAUCUUCAAACUGGCGAUGUCAAGGGUUCCGAGUCCUCCUCCUCCGGCAGAAAUGUCGAGUGGACCCGUAGCAGAGAGCUGGUGCUACACUCAGAUCAAGGUGGUGAAGUUUUCCUACAUGUGGACCAUAAACAACUUCAGUUUCUGCCGAGAGGAAAUGGGGGAGGUCAUCAAGAGCUCAACCUUUUCUUCAGGAGCCAAUGAUAAGCUGAAAUGGUGUUUACGUGUGAACCCUAAAGGCUUGGAUGAAGAAAGUAAAGAUUAUUUAUCCCUCUAUCUAUUAUUGGUGAGCUGUCCAAAGAGUGAAGUUCGAGCAAAGUUCAAAUUUUCAAUCCUGAACGCUAAAGGAGAAGAAACAAAAGCAAUGGAGAGCCAGCGGGCGUAUCGAUUUGUACAAGGCAAGGACUGGGGAUUCAAAAAAUUUAUUAGGAGAGACUUUCUUUUGGAUGAGGCCAAUGGACUUCUUCCGGAUGACAAACUCACUCUCUUCUGCGAGGUGAGCGUGGUGCAGGACUCGGUCAACAUCUCCGGCCAGAACACGAUGAACAUGGUGAAGGUGCCGGAGUGCCGCUUGGCCGACGAGCUGGGAGGACUCUGGGAGAACUCGCGCUUCACGGACUGCUGCCUGUGCGUGGCAGGCCAGGAGUUCCAGGCUCACAAAGCCAUCCUAGCAGCUCGUUCCCCAGUUUUCAGCGCCAUGUUUGAACACGAGAUGGAGGAGAGUAAAAAGAAUCGGGUUGAAAUCAAUGAUGUGGAGCCUGAAGUUUUUAAGGAAAUGAUGUGCUUUAUUUACACGGGGAAGGCACCAAAUCUUGACAAAAUGGCUGAUGACUUGCUGGCAGCUGCUGACAAGUAUGCUCUGGAACGUCUGAAGGUGAUGUGCGAGGAUGCGCUGUGCAGUAACCUGUCCGUGGAAAAUGCAGCUGAGAUUCUCAUUCUGGCUGACCUACAUAGUGCUGAUCAACUAAAAACUCAAGCAGUGGACUUCAUUAACUAUCAUGCCUCUGACGUCAUGGAGACAUCGGGCUGGAAGUCGAUGGUAGUGUCACAUCCCCAUUUGGUGGCCGAGGCGUAUCGCUCUCUGGCCUCUGCACAGUGUCCCUUUCUGGGGCCCCCGCGUAAGCGACUGAAGCAAUCCUAAGGUCCAGUUUUUCCACCACCCCAUGUUUUUCUGGAAGCAGCGCCAGCUGCUGCUGCUCUAACCUUGACCAUCAGGGUAGACAGCGAAAUUAUGGAGCUUUUACUCUGUUGUUGGGGGGAAAAGACUGCUUCGUGACACCCAGACUUUUUAAAACAGCACCAAGUAACUUGGGGAGAGGGGGGAGGGUGGGCCUGGGGCUCUGGGGCUGUUCAACCUAACGAUUCCCUGUCGCUGCAUCGUCUGUGUGUUCCCUUCGACUUGGCUGAGUCAAUUAAGUACCGGGUUCGGUUUAGGCGCCGGCCCGGGUCGGAAUAACCCAGCAGUGGUACUGGGGGAAACGACGUCUCUGCGUCUGGCAGCACAGAACAAAUCGUCAGAUGCCUGGAGCAAGAGGACGUUUUAGCUUUGGAGAGAGCGUUGAGGGUGUAAAGAGAAUUUCCAGGGAGGUUCUGGAAAGGAAGUACAUGGUGGGAGCUCCAGUAGUAUUUAUAUCAAAAAAAAAAAAAAAAAAGAGUUUAAGUCUUUCCAGCUUAAAAACUGGACGUUUGUGUAACUCCUUAUUGACAUCCAGCAACAAGAAGAUCAGUUUCUCUGUUAGUAGCACUUGUAUGUUAAUUGCAAAAAAAAAAGAAAAAAAGAAAAAAAAAAGGAAGAAAAAAGCAUCUUUUA